AUGUAUGUCAAGCAGAUUAUUAUCCAGGGCUUCAAGAGCUACAAGGAUCAGACGGUCAUUGAACCGUUCUCGCCAAAACACAAUGUCAUUGUCGGCCGCAACGGCUCCGGGAAGAGUAACUUCUUCGCGGCCAUUCGUUUCGUCCUCAGCGAUGCCUACACUCAUCUAGGCAGGGAAGAGAGACAGGCUCUUCUGCACGAAGGUUCCGGGUCCGCAGUCAUGUCGGCAUACGUUGAGAUCAUUUUCGAUAAUUCCGACGAGCGAUUCCCUACCGGAAAGCCCGAACUCGUUCUUAGGCGAACCAUCGGCCUCAAGAAAGAUGAAUACACCCUCGACCGAAAGAAUGCGACGAAAAACGACGUGAUGAAUCUACUCGAGUCGGCCGGUUUCUCGCGAUCCAACCCCUACUAUAUCGUGCCCCAGGGUCGCGUCACGGCGCUUACGAACAUGAAGGACUCCGAACGGUUGAACCUCCUGAAAGAAGUCGCAGGAACUCAGGUUUACGAAGCACGCCGUGCGGAGUCCCUCAAGAUUAUGCACGAGACGAAUAACAAACGGGAGAAGAUCGACGAGCUCUUGGACUUCAUUAACGAACGGCUGGCAGAGCUGGAAGAGGAAAAGGAUGAGUUGAGGAAUUUCCAGGACAAGGACAAAGAGCGAAGGUGCUUGGAGUAUACAAUCUAUUCUCGCGAACAGCAAGAGAUUUCUAGCUUCCUUGACAGCCUCGAGGAGCAGCGACAAACCGGUGUCGAAGAUACCGACAUCAAUCGCGAACGCUUCAUCCAGGGAGAGAAAGAAAUGGCCCAGGUUGACGCCGAGAUCGCGGAAUGCAAACAACAAAUUGAGUUUCUGAAGGUGGACAAAGCGCAGCUAGAAGACGAACGACGCGAAGCCUCUAAAGCGCUUGCCCAGGUCGAACUACAAGCCAAAUCGCUCGCGGACAAUCAAGCCGCUGCUCAAGAGCAAAAGGCGCGUCACGAUGAAGAUCUCAGGACCGUUCAAUCAGCCAUUGAAGAGCGCCAGACGGAGCUCGAAGAACUCAUUCCUCGCUUCAACGCUGCGAAGGACCAAGAAGAUGCCGCAAAAGCGAAACUCACUGACGCGGAAACGAUUCGGCAAAGACUGUAUGCCAAGCAGGGCCGGAACUCGCGCUUCAAGAACAAAUCCGAGCGGGAUAAGUGGUUGCAAUCAGAAAUCAAGAACAACAACACUUCUAUCUCGAGCGUACAGUCCGUGAUAUCACAAACCCAGGAGGACAUCCAGGAGAUCGAAAAUGAGAUUGCCCUCCUGGAGCCAGAAACGGAACGUCUGCGCCAGCAGAUUGAUGGAAGAGGUGAUACUAUUCAUACUGUAGAACAGCAAGUUCAAAGCGCCAAGGAUGAGAGGGACAAGCUGAUGGAUCAGAGAAAGGAACUGUGGCGAGAAGAAGCAAAGCUUGACUCCAUCCUGACCAAUGCAUCAAAUGAAGUCGACCGUGCAGAGCGCAAUCUGUCCCACAUGAUGGAUCACAACACAAGCCGCGGUAUUGCUGCAGUGCGGAGGAUCAAGCGCCAGCAUGACCUAGAAGGUGUUUACGGAACACUUGCGGAGCUUUUUGAAGUCAACGACAGAUACCGUACUGCGGUUGAAGUCACUGCCGGUCAGAGUCUAUUCCACUACGUUGUCGAUACAGACGACACUGCCACCAAAGUUCUCGAAAUCCUUCAAAAGGAAAAGGCGGGAAGAGUCACGUUUAUGCCCUUGAACAGGCUGAGGAACAAGCCGCUCAACAUGCCCAAAGCCAGCGAUACAAUCCCGAUGAUUGAGAAGCUGCAAUAUGACCGUGCGUACGAGAAAGCUUUCCAGCAUGUGUUUGGCAAAACUAUUAUUUGCCCUAACCUCCAGGUCGCUUCGCAAUAUGCCCGAAGCCACGGAGUCAACGCCAUCACCCCUGAGGGAGACCGCUCGGACAAGAGAGGUGCCCUCACCGGUGGUUUCCACGACUCACGGCAAUCUCGUCUCGACGCGGUGAAGAACCUGGCGAAAUGGAGAGAUGAGUAUGAGACACAGAAGAACCGCGGAAGUGAAAUCCGCAAAGAGCUCGAGAAACUCGAUCAGCUCAUCACAAGGGCUGUUGGUGAACUGCAAAAGCUCGAACAACAAAGACACCAAGUACAGAACAGCAGCGGACCGCUACGGCAAGAGCUGAAGAGCAAGCGCGACCUCCUACAGAAGCAAAACGAUAACUUGGAUGCCAAACGACGCGCUCUUCGUAACGUUGAAGGCAAUCUUGCAGCUCUGAAAGACCAAGUCGACGCAUUUGAAGCAGAACUGUCCUCGCCGUUCCAGAAGGCGCUCACCGACGAAGAAGAGGCACGGCUGGAAUCUUUGAGCUCAGAGGUUAAGGAGUAUCGCCAGCAAUACCAAGAGCUUUCUAGCCAGCGCAGUGAGCUUGAGACUCGAAAGUCAAUCCUGGAGGUCGAGCUGCGGGAGAACUUAAACCCUCGCCUGGAUCAGCUUGUCAGCCAGGACGCAGAUAUGGCCGAUGAAGGCGGUCAAGGGAACAUCAAGGAGACACAGCGUGAGCAGAAGCGCCUGAACAAAGUCCUGGAGAAACUCGGUCAGAGGCUUGCACAGGUGGAUGAGUCUAUCGAACAAGCCAACGCACGUGUGACUGAACUCAGCCAACGCAACGCCGAAUCUCGACGCGAGCUGGAGGAGCUUGCCAAGUCGAUUGAGAAACAUCAACGGCGCAUGGAGAAGAGUAUGCAGAAAAAGGCAGCCUUGACGAAGCAAGCAGCUGAAUGUGCUGCCAAUAUCCGCGACCUCGGAGUUCUACCGGACGAAGCUUUUACCAGAUACAAGAACACGGACUCGGAAACAGUUGUCAAGAAACUUCACAAAGCUAACGAAUCACUCAAGAAGUACUCGCAUGUCAACAAGAAAGCAUUUGAGCAGUACAACAACUUCACCAAACAGCGAGAAACGCUCACAAGUCGACGGGAGGAGCUUGACGCUUCGCAAAAGUCCAUCGAUGACCUGAUCUCAGUCCUGGAUCAGCGCAAGGAUGAGGCUAUUGAGAGAACCUUCAAGCAGGUGUCUCGUGAGUUUGCUACUAUUUUCGAGAAGCUUGUUCCGGCAGGCCGAGGUCGUUUGGUCAUCCAGCGCAAGACAGACCGUACCCAGCGGGCAGAGGAAGAACUCGAGUCAGAGGACGAGGAAGCGAGGGAAAGCGUCGAGAACUAUGUUGGAGUUGGCAUCAGCGUCAGUUUCAACAGUAAGCACGACGACCAGCAGCGUAUCCAGCAACUCAGUGGUGGACAGAAGAGUCUUUGCGCGCUUGCCUUGGUCUUCGCUAUCCAAGCCUGUGACCCCGCGCCAUUCUAUCUCUUCGAUGAGAUCGACGCGAACCUGGACGCGCAGUAUAGAACUGCCGUUGCACAGAUGUUGAAGACCAUCUCUGACUCGACGAACGGACAAUUUAUUUGCACAACCUUCCGACCAGAGAUGCUGCACGUGGCCGAGAAGUGCUACGGAGUCAGCUUCCGACAAAAGGCUAGUACAAUAGAUGUCGUGUCAAGGGAAGAGGCGCUCAAGUUUGUCGAGGAGCAAAAGACAUAG